AUGCCUGAGUUUUUCGGUCUGCCACGCGAGUUGCGAGACAUGAUUUAUACAUCUGUCAUCACGUGGUCACUUCCACAGCCUCGCCGUGAGGAUACAGAAGAUCACAGAUGGCGCCUAAUCCUAGAACCCCGGAGCAUACACUCCGGCGAAUUCGGCUGUUCGUACUCCACAGAUACAAUUCCAGGCACAUGUGCCAACUUGCUCGCAUGUAAUCGCCAGGUCAACCUUGAGCUUACACAGGCAAUCGAAAGAGCUAAGAGGCAAGGACAUUUGGUAGCCAAGCUUGACUGUAUCUCUGUGGAUGAAAGCAAGCAUGCCUUUUCAUGGCUUUCAUUGCCCAUCGUAACGAACAAGCCAACCGAACAUGGAGGAAAGGCCAACGUCUUAGCAUCCUGGGCGGAUCGUAUACUUCACACACCGCAGAGGAUGCUGAAUCUAAGUAUCAGCAGUAGAAGCCCAAAUCCUGGCCGUUCUAUCUCAACCACCAUCUUGGAGAAUAUGAGGAUCGAUGUCCGCAUAUACGGCAACCGCACUGCGAAGUGGUCGUCGAAUCGGUGCCCACCGGAGCGCACAUCUUGGGCAGUUUGCGCGGCACUAAAACGGCUCUUCGAUGGCGACACGCUUAUGCGUCCCAUUAAUGCUACGACUUCCCCGGGUCCUUCCUCGAAUAAUAUAAUUAUUGACGAGUUGAUCCUCAACGUGGUCUCACCAAAUACGCCCAAGAACUUGUGGCUGCCCGAGGACUACCCACUUGAUGUUGCGACCUAUGGAGUGGUGCAUCCACGGACGGUGGCUAAAGAGCUUCUGGACAUGUGGAACAUCAUUUGGACUUGUGAAGAGUUCAAGGGCGCCCACUACCACAUACUGCUAGAGCGGAUCAAGAGAGUAAAGAUCUGCCUUGACGGAGAAACCUGGCGGGUCAGAGAGCUUGGAAUGGAGCUGGAGCGAGGACAAGCAGAGCGAAGAAGGAUCGCCAUGAGGGGUAUUUGGUAG